UGUAACCCUCUGAAAACCAUCCUGGAAUUAACUUCCUCGCUUCAGUAUUAAGAACUAUACCAAAUUGAAAAGAUAUGAAUGAAUACCCUAAGAAAAGAAAAAGGAAGACGUUACAUCCUUCUCGUUAUUCAGACUCUUCGGGAAUAAGCAGAUUUGCAGAUGGAUUCAAUGGAAUUUUUUCUGAUCACUGUUACAGUGUCUGUUCCAUAAGACAACCGGAUUUAAAGUAUUUUGACAACAGAGAUGAUGAUUCUGAUACUGAAACAUGCAAUGAGUUGCCAAAAUUUACAGAUGGAAUAAAGUUCCGAAGUCAGCCUCAGAGCUGCCUGCUGCCCGGCCCUGUGCUCAGAGGCCUGGAGCACGCCGCCUUCUCUGCAGAAAAAUCUGCCGAUAUUGAAAUUUGUGACGAAGAGUGUGACUCGCCCGAGUCCGUCACCCAGCACACGCAGGAGGAGAGCCCCAUAGAAGUCCACACUGCUGAGGAUGUUCCGAUUGCCGCGGAAGUGCAUGCGAUUUCGGAAGAUUAUGACCUAGAGACAGAAAACAAUUCUUCGGAGAGUCUCCAAGACCAAACCGACGAGGAGCCCCCAGCUAAACUUUGCAAAGUUCUUGACAAGAACCAGGCUUUGAACGUGACUGCCCAGCAGAAAUGGCCUUUACUGAGAGCCAAUAGCAGCGGCCUCUACAAGUGCGAGCUCUGCGACUUCAAUAGCAAGUAUUUUUCUGACUUGAAGCAGCACAUGAUCCUGAAACACAAGCGCACCGAUUCGAAUAUGUGUCGUGUGUGCAAGGAAAGCUUCUCUACCAACAUGCUCCUGAUCGAACAUGCCAAGCUCCACGAAGAGGAUCCCUACAUUUGUAAAUACUGUGACUACAAGACGGUGAUCUUUGAGAACCUCAGCCAGCACAUCGCAGACACGCACUUCAGUGACCACCUCUACUGGUGCGAGCAGUGCGAUGUGCAGUUCUCCUCGAGCAGCGAGCUGUACCUGCACUUCCAGGAGCACAGCUGCGAUGAGCAGUACCUGUGUCAGUUCUGUGAGCAUGAGACGAAUGACCCAGAAGACUUGCAUAGCCACGUGGUAAAUGAGCACGCGUGUAAGUUAAUCGAGCUGAGCGACAAGUAUAACAAUGGAGAGCAUGGGCAGUACAGCCUCUUGAGCAAAAUCACCUUUGACAAAUGUAAAAACUUCUUUGUAUGCCAGGUGUGUGGUUUUCGGAGUCGGCUUCAUACAAAUGUCAACAGGCAUGUUGCCAUUGAACAUACCAAAAUUUUCCCUCACGUGUGUGACGACUGCGGCAAAGGGUUUUCAAGUAUGCUGGAGUAUUGCAAACACCUAAAUUCACAUUUGUCCGAAGGGAUUUAUUUAUGCCAAUACUGUGAAUAUUCAACGGGACAGAUUGAAGAUCUUAAAAUUCAUCUAGAUUUCAAGCAUUCGACUGACUUACCUCAUAAGUGUAGUGACUGCUUGAUGAGGUUUGGAAAUGAAAGGGAAUUAAUAAGCCACUUGCCGGUCCAUGAGAUGACUUGAUCUCUUUGGCUUUCAUGAUAUUAAUGUAAAAUAGUAAGUCGUGCUUUUUUGAGAUGUUAAAAUGGGCGGUCUUUACCUCCACUUAUGAGAAUUGUCUUGCAUAGGCAAUAAGAUUAUUUCUUUUUAAUCGUCCUGUUUUUUUCGCAUUGUUAAAUUUUUUGGUAUAUAGUUGUAUUCAAAGCGUGGUAUUUUCAGUGCAUGUUAUUUUACAGUUUUAACCACUCUUGGUGACUAUCAUCCUGUUUCUUGCGUGUUCGCUGAUUCCAUGAAUUGAUAAGAAACAGGUGUACUAAAGAAACUAGACUGCAGUUUUCCGUCCGUUACCAUAGGUGCUAUGAGUUUUUUUCUUUAUACUUGAGAGAAGCUCAGUUGUUUGUGUUUGAUGUCAUUAAAGUAUUCUACCGCCACAACCUAACCGCAACGGA